GGGAGGGGUCGUGGCUUGCGCGGCCAUUGCGCGGCCCUUGCGCGACCCUUGCGCGUGUCCCCGCAGACACACACUGCGUGAGCCUCCUGCCUGCCCCUUACGUGGCCGCCGCUCGGCUGUUCCGUGCGCUCUGCACGCUCUCCACUUGCGCACUGCUUGUCCCUUCGUGCCUGCUGCACCCCUCCUGCUUGGGGGUUGUGUGCCCCUUGUGCGGUCACUGUUUGCCAUUGCAUGCCCCUUGUGUGCCUGCUGCAUGGCCACUCCACUAUCUGUGCCCACCGCUUGCCCAUUGUAUGACCCUGAUGUGCCCGCUGCAUGCCUGCUGCCUGCAUCCCCUGCCUGUCCCUGCCCGCAGCCUGUCUCUUGUCCCCCCCAGGGUGCAGCUCGCUGUCAACCGCCGCACCGAGGAGGCUGUGGCUGUCAAGAUCGUGGACAUGAAGCGUGCGGCUGACUGCCCUGAGAACAUCAAGAAGGAAAUCUGCAUCAACAAGAUGCUCAACCACGAGAACAUCGUCAAGUUCUAUGGGCACCGCAGGGAAGGUGCCACUCAGUACCUGUUCCUGGAGUACUGCAGCGGCGGGGAGCUCUUUGACCGCAUCGAGCCAGAUAUCGGGAUGCCAGAGCCAGAGGCGCAGCAGUUCUUCCAGCAGUUGAUUGCUGGUGUGGUCUAUCUGCACAGCAUCGGCAUCACCCACCGUGACCUGAAGCCGGAGAACCUGCUGCUGGAUGAGCGAGAUAACCUGAAGAUCUCAGAUUUCGGCCUGGCCACAGUCUUCAGGCACAACGGCCGCGAGCGGCUGCUCAAUAAGAUGUGUGGGACCCUGCCCUACGUGGCCCCCGAGCUGCUGCGGUGCCCUGAGUUCCAUGCGGAGCCUGUCGAUGUCUGGGCCUGCGGUGUGGUGCUGACGGCCAUGCUGGCCGGAGAGCUGCCCUGGGACCAGCCCAGCGACAGCUGCCAGGAAUACAGUGACUGGAAGGAGAGGAAAACCUACCUCCCGCCUUGGAAAAAGAUUGAUUCUGCACCCUUAGCUUUACUGCACAAGAUCCUGACGGAGAGCCCUGCAGCGAGGAUCACCAUUUCCGAUAUCAAGAAGGACCGGUGGUACAGCAAACCCCUCAAGAAGGGCAUCAAGCGGGCUCGUGUGUCCACAGGGGGGGUCUCUGAUUCUCCCGGUGGCUUCUCCAAGCACAUCCGAUCUGAUAUGGACUUCUCACCUGUGAAGAGCCCACUUGGUGAGGAGAAGGUGAGCUACUCCACAUCACAGCCGGAGCCAGGCACCGGUGGGAUGCUCUGGGAUUGUGGAGCAGCUGCUAUCGACAAGCUGGUCCAGGGCAUCAGCUUCUCCCAGCCCACCUGCCCCGAGCACAUGCUGGUCAACAGCCAGCUCCUCGGCACCCCUGGCUCCUCACAGAGCCCGUGGCAGCGCCUGGUGAAGCGGAUGACGCGGUUCUUCACCAAGCUGGAUGCUGAUGGCUCGUACCGUGCCCUGAAGGAGGUGUGUGAGAAGAUGGGCUACGGCUGGAAGAAGAGUUGCACCAACCAGGUCACCAUCUCGACCACGGACAGGAGGAACAACAAACUCAUCUUCAAGGUGAACCUGGUGGAGAUGGAGAGCAAGAUCUUGGUGGAUUUUCGCCUCUCCAAGGGCGAUGGCCUGGAAUUCAAGAGACACUUUCUGAAGAUCAAGGGCAAGCUCAGCGACAUCAUCAGCACGCAGAAAGUCUGGCUGCCUGCCACCUGAGCCCCAGCCUUCCUCCUCCUCCUCCUCCUCCUCCUCCUUUUCCUCUUCCUGUGGGGAGCACCCAACCAGCUGCACACUUCAGGUUUUAAUGGUUCAAUAAAGUCCUUGGGGAGACAUGGA